GGUAGACACCUUUACACAACAAGCCGCCUUGUCAGCCCUUAACGCUUCUUUUUUAAUGAGUAUUGUUUCUAAGUGUUCGGAGAGAGGAUGUACUUCUGUGUACAGGUCGCUUUGAGAGUUCUAAUGAAAUAGCUUGGCCCAGUACAGGAGCCUGCCACCAAGGCUGACUGCCAAAAUUGAAUUCCUGGAACCUGCGUGGUGGAGGGAGAAAAUUGACUGCCGAGAAUUAUCUUCUGAUCACCGUACAUGUUCUGCAGUGAGCACAUCUCCACAAGUGAUGGCUGUGGGCACAUAGUGACCUCCCAGGACAGUGGCACCAUGACAUCUAAGAAUUAUCCAGGGACGUACCCCAAUCACACUGUGUGCGAAAAGAUCAUCACAGUCCCGAAGGGGAAGAGACUUAUUCUGAGGUUGGGAGAUUUGAACAUUGAGUCCAAGACCUGCGCUUCUGACUUCCUCCUCUUCAGCAGUGAGACAGAUCAGUAUGGUCCGUACUGUGGGAGCUGGACUGUUCCCAAAGAACUCUGGCUGAACUCAAACGAAGUGACUGUCCGCUUCCAGAGUGGAUCUCACAUUUCUGGCCGGGGCUUUCUACUAGCCUACGCCAGCAGCGACCAUCCAGAUUUAAUAACCUGUUUGGAACGAGGCAGUCACUAUUUCGAGGAAAAAUACAGCAAAUUCUGCCCAGCUGGUUGUAGAGACAUAGCAGGAGACAUUUCUGGGAAUACGAAAGAUGGCUACAGAGAUACCUCUUUAUUGUGCAAAGCUGCCAUCCACGCAGGGAUCAUCACAGAUGAACUAGGUGGCCACAUCAACCUGCUUCAGAGCAAAGGGAUAAGUCACUAUGAAGGGAUCCUGGCCCAUGGCGUGCUCUCCCGACAUGGUUCUCUGUCGGAAAAGCGAUUUCUGUUUACAACCCCAGGAAUGAAUAUUACAACCGUGGCUAUUCCAUCAGUGAUCUUCAUUGCCCUCCUUCUGACUGGAAUGGGAAUCUUUGCAAUCUGUAGAAAGAAGAAAAAGAAAGGAAAUCCAUAUGUAUCAGCUGAUGCUCAGAAAACAGGCUGUUGGAAGCAGAUUAAAUAUCCCUUUGCUAGGCAUCAGUCGACAGAAUUUACCAUCAGCUACGACAAUGAAAAAGAGAUGGCACAAAAGUUGGAUCUCAUCACUAGUGAUAUGGCAGAUUAUCAGCAGCCUCUCAUGAUUGGCACAGGCACAGUCACGAGGAAGGGCUCUACCUUCCGGCCCAUGGACACAGACACUGAGGAGGCCAGAGUGAACACUGAGGCCAGCGGCCACUAUGACUGUCCUCACCGCCCAGGCCGCCAUGAGUAUGCGCUGCCCUUGACGCACUCAGAACCUGAGUAUGCCACCCCUAUCGUGGAGCGGCACCUGCUGCGAGCUCACACCUUCUCCACACAGAGCCGCUACCGGGUCCCCGGGCCCAGGCCCACUCAUAAACACUCCCUUUCCUCUGGAGGCUUUCCUCCUGCUGCGGGAGCCACCCAGGUUGAAAGCUAUCAGAGGCCAGCAAGCCCCAAGCCUGUGGGUUGGGGCUACGACAAGCCGGCUGCCAACGGCUCUUUGGACAGCAGAGACCCAUCCUCUCAGUCACAGAUGACUUCCGGGGAAGAUGAUGGUUAUUUGGCACCCAGAAACGGCCUUGCGCCCCUCAACCAGACGGCCAUGACUGCGCUUUUGUGAACCCAAUGUGAAAGAAACCUGCUGUGGUACUGAGCGCGCACCACUGCGAGUCACUGGAAGAAAACGUGCGAGCAUGCCUGUGUGACUCUUCAGGAUCCUAGAGACGACCUCACUUACUGUUUACAGAACUGUGCAACUGGUUUUGUUCCGACCCUUCCAGCAGAGCCAGCUGGUUUCUGUUGUGCUAGAACAAGGAGACUUUUCUCAUUUGUCUAACUGUGAUGCUGUGCUGUAAAAUGUGCAAUUUGUACAGUUAUAUUUAACACGAAUUAACGUAAUGAAGUUUGUGGUGUUUGUUUUCUACACAGGGAUCAAGGAGAAAAUACGGGAUUUGCAUAGAGGUAGCCUGUGUUCAUGUUUCUCGGUGCGAUUGAUUAUCUGACACUGUAAGCAGCAAACCUGUUUAAAACCCUCAUUGGUUGUGGUGGCUCGUUUCCUUUUUGAUAAAGAAAAAGCGUUUGUUUGUUUGUUUGUUUUGGUUUUGGUUUUUGGUUUUUCAAGACAGGGUUUCUCUGUAUAGCCCUGGCUGUCCUGGAACUCACUCUGUAGACCAGGCUGGCCUUGAACUCAGAAAUCCGCCUGUCUCUGCCUCCCAAGUGCUGGGAUUAAAGGUGUGCGCCAUCCCCGCCCAGCAAGUAAAAGCGUUUUUUACCGUUCUUUCUCCUGGAGGAAAUUACUUGAAACAUGGAUGAUUGCUAGCAACGGUGGCCCAUUUAUGCAAGCAAACACACCACGUCAGCAGCUACAGCCUGCUUUCUUAGACUUUCCUUGAGAGAUAGGGCAGCCUAGUGUCCUGGAGCCUACUUGGGUCCCGGGGCCUCCUGAGGGACCACAUUCUCUAAGGAAAGGGCCUGGCCUAUUGCGAAGUGUUCUUAAGCAAGUCUGCCUUUUCAGGGUUCUGAGACUCGAGGCAGUCCACAUUGUCCAUCCGCACCUUGUAGUGAAGGAAGCACAGGAAUUGUAGUUUGAGGCCGGAGUAGCAAGUAUUUCUAAACCUCAGAUUAAAAAUACAGCUGAGCCCAGAGGCUCUAUUUUCUUACAUCUUUCUCCAGAAAUAAUGCAUGUGGGUGACGUCCACCGUCCCUGGAAAACAAAUGCUGUUCCAAAUGUGUUCUUGCACAUGUAGAAGCGGGGCUUUUCUAGUGGAGAGCUAGUAACUGUCCUGGUGAUGUACAAGGCAGAUUUCCCCUCCCUGCAUAUGUGCUUAUACUCAUAGUGGCCCAGGUCUCAGCCGUACCUCAUGGUUUUUGUUCUUUUUCCCUGAGUUUACUUUGUGAAUGAACUGGGGGGAUUUAACCUCUUUUUGCCAAAGAGGAGAAAGUAUGUGUCGUGUUUAUUAAAAGAAAACAUGGACCCAAACCAACCAAACAAAAAUCCUUUCCUUACAAAUUGUAUUAUAAUCCUAUUUGUGUGGUUGUCGUUUUGUGUGAAUUCUAUCGAUGUUAAAGUAGGAUGGGUGCUGAAAGCUCGUGGCAGAGGAUCUGCUGGUUAUAGUGGAAGUUAAACCAUUUACGUUAUAGAGUUUACAUGAUUUUGUGUGUAUGCUAAUUGUAAUAAACUAUGCCAAAUCAGAGA